CGACGCGACGUCGGGCUUAACUUUUCUGCGGACUGCAAAGCGGAGUGUUCUGAAUCUGAUGAAACGAGAGUGUUGAAUGUGAAUGUGAAUGGAACGAGAUCAUUUUGUGGUUAUCCGACGGAGAUUCAAAACGAAAAUUAUCACAUUUUUCGGCAUUUGUUGCGUUGGAAAAUAUUCGCAAAACAACGCCCCAAACCCGACAGAAAUGAUGCACCAUUAGCUGAUCGCGAAAAGUGUGUGUACGCCUACUCUGGACGAGCGGAAGGAAGACGGUAGAGGGACCGGGGUGCACCUAGUACAGAGCUGACGACAACAUUGCAGCAAUCACUUCCCUACGGAUCAUUAAAACUACUGACCAACGUUGGUGCGCUAAAACGGGGCUCGAUUACGGAAACACCUUACAAUGGAACCAGCAGGAGAGGUCGUAGGGUUGGCCAACGAGCUGGCCCGGGCGGUGAAAAUCACGAUGGAUCCGGCUGCGUCUCAGCAGGCUCGAAUGGACGCAUAUGUGGCUUGCGAGAGAUUCAAAGAGGUCUCGCCGCUGUGCGCCCAGGCCGGACUGUUCCUCGCCACGGGGAAUUAUCCGGCCAUAGUUCGGCAUUUUGGCCUUCAACUGAUGGAGCAUACCGUAAAGUUCAACUGGAACAGCAUCUCUCAGCAGGAGAAGAUUUUCAUCAAAGAGAACGCCAUGAAGCUGCUGGGUGAUGGUGUGGCAGAAGCUCAAGACCAGAGCGUAUCCCACAUCAAGGACGGCCUGUCGAGAAUCGUCGUGGAGAUGGUGAAACGCGAAUGGCCCCAGCAGUGGACCACCCUGCUGGCAGAACUGAGCGAAGCAUGCUCCAAAGGAGUCGCUCAAACGGAGCUGGUGCUUUUGGUGUUCCUGCGUUUGGUGGAAGAUGUGGCGCUUCUGCAAACGAUCGAAUCCAACCAGCGCCGGAAGGACAUCUACCAAGCGCUGACUUCUAAUAUGGCGGAAAUCUUCGACUUCUUUUUGAGACUGAUCGAGUUGCACGUGGGCGAAUUCCGGAACACGACGGCUAUUGGGGACAAACACAAGGCUUUGGGACAUAGCCGGGUAGUCCAGGUUGCUCUACUGACGCUGACGGGUUUCGUCGAAUGGGUUUCGAUCAACCACAUCAUGGCAUCCAAUGGAAGACUCUUGCAAAUUCUCUGCAUUCUAUUGAUUGACGAAGAAUUCCAACAACCAGCGGCAGAAUGUCUGCUCCAUGUUGUCAAUCGCAAAGGACAGGUCAAGGAUCGCAAACCGCUACUGAUACUGUUCGACGAAGUCCCCGUGGGGCAUUACUAUCGGGCAGCCCUUCAAACCGAAAGAAUGGGAACUGAAUCCUACUACCAAUUCCUGAAGAAGCUAGCACAGGUUCUGAUGGGACUUGCCUCUCAGCUAAGCAGCUUUUGGGGCAAAGAGGACUGCCAAAUUUCUAGACCAAGCUUGGCCACGUUCCUGGAGACGGUAUUCAUAUUUUCCCGACAUUCAAGCUUUACCUUGUCCCAUUAUGCCUCGCUAGUUUGGACCGGCCUAUUGAAGCAUGAGCAGAUUUCACGAGAACCCCUCGUAAUGGAGUACAUUCCCAAGUUGAUCGAAGUUUUCGGACCGAAGAUCAUCAAAGUUUGCUACCCGGCAUCCCGUCCGACGGAGAUCACCAUGAACCCAGAGACCUUCAUCAGUCUUGACUACGACGACGAGGAAGAAUGGUUGAUUUUCUUCGCCCGAUGUCGGACCGACUUUUUGGAAAUAUUCCGGCAAGCGACAUUGAUGGCUCCUCUGGUAACCUUCUCCUACUGCGAACAUUGGCUCAACGCCAGACUUCAGAAGGCACAUUCCGAACGGAACACCACUUGCAGCAUCACCGAUCCCGUCUAUUUGGAAUGGGACGCUUUGGUCAACGUGCUGGACAGCGUUCUCUCGCGAAUCCUUAUGGUGACCGAACGACCUUCGGUCGCCGUGGGACUUCGCCUGCUAGAAGAAUGUCUCAAAGUCGAAUCUACAGAUCCGUUGAUUUUCUCGGUCCUGCUUUCCUGCAUUUCAUCGCUUUUCGUGUUUCUCAGUAUGUCCUCGUGUCAGAUUACCGCCACCAACUGUGUCGCCAUGUCUGGAGUCCAACUUCUCCCCCGGGUCCUGCAGAAGAUAUUCGCUGCCUUGGUAUUCCAGUUGCCAGGAGCCACCCGGAUCAAUCAAUCCAUUGCCGUCAAAAACCUCCGUCGCCAUGCGGCGGCCCUCAUGGUAAAGAUCGCCCACAAAUACCCACUGCUGCUGCUCCCGAUCUUCGAUCAAAUCAAUACCAGCGUUCACGACCUCAUCCGCAAGCCGGACCUCCUCAGCAACGUGGAACAAAUCACUCUCUUGGAAGCACUUCUCCUUAUCUCCAACCACUUCUGCGACUUCGAGCGCCAAAGCAACUUUGUCGGCGAAAUCACCCGCGAGGGCGUUAAUUUAUGGAUGCAUUUAGCUCCAGUUGUUCAGAGCGCCCACACCUUCAUCGACUUUGUCGGGCUUAACAAAGCAGCCGUGGAACCGAAUUCCGGCAUCCAGGACCCGUGUAACGCCAACCGGGGCCAAAUCGUGUAUGCCCUCAACCUCAUCCUGGGAAUCAUCAAACGGUGCUCCUGGCCCGAUGAUCCGGACCGGUGUUCUCGGGGUGGCUUCGUGGUCGCGGUCACCGAAUCCGGUAACCCAAUCUUCCGCAAUCCGGCCUCCACCCACUUCAUCCCACUGCUGCCACACAUCCUCUCGCUGAUGCGAGUACUGAACCAACUGUGGAAGCCAGACGCACUGGCCGCGAUCAAUCCACACUUCAAGGGUGCCAACGGAAUGCAGGAGCACGAAAAGAAACAACUCCUCGGAGUCACACUGGUUCAUCACGAUCCGCUGGAUCCCACGGUAAAGAAACCACCGACGGCAUUCGAUCGCAUGCAGACAUUCCUGUCGUUAACCUUCGAGCAUUGUUACCACAUGAUGGGAUCGGCAGGACCAUCCCUCGGGCGUGACCUGUAUGCUCUGCAGGGCCUUGCCGAAGCACUGAUUGACAGCAUUUUCUCUUCGCUGGAGAAUGUUCCGGAUUUCCGUCUGCGCACCAUUGUGCGGGUCUUUUUCAAGCCGUUCAUCUACUCGUGCGCCCCGGUAUUGCAACAAACGGUCCUGCUGCCAAUCUUUGCCCAUUUUGCUCCUUUUAUGCUCUCACGAUUGACGGCUCGCUGGCAGUACAUCACGGCGCUGUACGAAUCCGGUGAGCUCGGGGAGGACGUCAGCGAUACCCAGGAGGUGCUGGAGGAUAUGUUGAAUCGAACACUGACCCGGGAGUAUAUUGAGGUGCUGAAGGUGGCACUGGUCGGUAGCACGGUGGAUCCGAUGAUGCCGAGUGCGACCGGUGGCGAGGCUACGAUGGACCAGGAUGACCAGAGCAUGGAUGGCCCUCCGCAUGCACUGACCCGGGCGGCUCAGACGGCAAUGACGUCCGAUGUGAUCAGCGAUUUGGGAGGGAAGCUGCUGCGCAACCAGUACACCUGCACCCCUAUCGUGAUGACGGUUUUGAGCGUCAUUACCUGGAACGACAGCAACUGCAGCCUGAAGGCCGUGUUUCUAAGCGGUCCAAUCAUACGGUUUCUCGCUUCGGAACAACUCAUCACCGACACUCUGGCCUCGAAUAUCAUCAUUGCCGUACUGCAGGGACUUCAGCUUCACGGUCAACAUGAAGCAAAUCAGGCCGCCCUCAACACCCUGGGCGUGACGGCGUACGAAAUCCUACGGCCAAAGUUCCCCAACAUCCUGGAAGUCCUGCAGCAGAUUCCGAACAUCAGUGCGGCGGACAUCCAGAAACUCGACGAAAAAAUCUCCCUCUCGGCCAGCACCAAGGGCAACAAGAUCGACAAAGCCAAAAAGGAUCUGUUCAAGAAGAUCACCUCGCACAUUGCCGGCCGUAGCGUCGGCCAGCAGGGCAAGAAGGAGGUCCGGAUUUUGAACCUGCCGCCGAUUGUACCGCCCGCGGCUGGCCGUAACUCGUACAACAACCUAACGGACGGCGCCCAGGAUACGGGGCUGGCCCAUCUCUUCGCCAGUCGGAGUUAGUGAGCUAACUGGUUACACACCACUACGCACUGAAAAGGCUACCGAGGUCGGUAUUUAGGUUUCGGUAAAAUAUUACAAAAUUUGCCGAAAUUUCAACAUCGAUGUUGGUGAUCAAUUUUAGUGUGUACCCUUAACUACUAAUCCUUAAACACUCUACACACUCUGGACACGUAAGAAACCCUAUCAAAUAGGCGCUCUGUUGUUUAAAUUUUAAAAUUUAGCAGAUAAAUGUUAGCCAUCACCUUUUACCUGCAUUUUUGCGCCGGAAGGUCCCGCAACCUUUCACCCUAAAUCAAUCAGUUGCCUUUAUUUGUAAAUGAUCGAGCAUCAGUUUUCCGUUCGCAAUAGGCAGGCAUUUUCCUUAAUUUUAAUGCUUAGUUAAUAUUUAUUAGUUUUUUUUCUGUUUCGUUAAUUAAGCUUUGCUGUCGGUUUUCAAGACAACCACUAGCGGCUGCUGUAUGUUAUAUCAAGAAUCAAAUUAUUCAGGAGAGCGUUCCAAAUAACUGAAAUGUGAGGUAUGGACCGGACGAACGAGAUUAGGAUGUGCAUGUUAUAGUGUAUGUGUGUGAGAGAGAGGAAAGGGCAUUACGUACGAUAUGUGGUGCAGUAGAAGGCAUACCUAACUAGUAAUCUAGAAAACAAACUCGAGGUGUCAUAGUAUGACGGCGCCUAACAAACGAAGAAGAGUGAAUAAUGAAUGGUGUAUUCAAAGACCGGGAAAUCAUUUUCGAAAUGUAGAGAAAAUCACUGAACACUGUCGGAAUAAAAACCUAAUAAUAAUCGAUUUAUUAUUAUCAAAAUUAAAA